GCAUACGUUGUUGGACUUGUCGAGACUGUGUUGCCCAAAAGGAGAAAGCGGAGCAAGAAAAACUAUUAGACAUUUAGACCGUCUAAAGGUGGAAGAAAGAAACUGAAAGAAAGAUUAGGAAGAGAUACACAGAGAGUGAGUGGGAGCUCAGUGGAUUCAGAAGAACUAUCUAUACGCUUCAUCGUUCGGUCUCGAGAUUUUGUUGCUGUGGUCAGUACUUGCAUCCUUGGUUAUGCUAUUGUUGCAACUGCAAAUUUUAAUUUUUUUCACUGGAUGUCUUAAUUGAAGGAUACAUGCUGCUACAAAUGGUACAAGGGGAUUGUAGCCUUAACAACUUCACUGUCAUUCUCAGAUCUGUCGGGGCCUUCUGUGGAGAUUGGUUUAAAAUUACUCCCCUGCAUCAAUGUAGAUGUUAAGUAGUGCAACUGUUCUGAGUCUGAAUGGAGACCAAUGUUUAUAUGUUGUUUUGUAUGCGUGCAAGUGAAAUAGUUAGACUUCUGGUACUUUUGGUGUUCUUCUGAACGGUAAUGCAUCCAGUGCUGAACCAUGGGUACUUCUGUUUCUACAUUCUGUCAGGUCUUCUUCUCAUCUCCAUGCUUUUCCUCAGUUCAGGGCAUUAUAUGAGUGAAGGAAUUGAAGUAGAAACAUUGUUGCAUGAUUAUUUUGAAUCAUUUCUAAGCAAUGAAUAUGAGAGAAGAUCCUUUCACUAUAUGAAGCUGUCAACAUCUCUUUCUCCAUUGAAUAAUUCAGUGUCUUGUGAGGAUUUGAAAGGCGUUGGAUCGUUGAACACGACCUGCCUGCUAAGUUCAAAUCUGUAUCUUGACAAUGAUCUUCAUGUAAUUGGAACGGGAAACCUAGAGAUCCUCCCUCAUGUUUCUAUUAUCUGUCCUAUUGAAGGCUGUUUGAUUAGUUUCAACAUAUCUGGAAAUGUUAAAGUGGGCCAAUAUGCUGCUCUUAUUGCCGGCUCUGUAAUUGUUUAUGCCACAAAUCUGACUCUGGAUUACCAUUCAACUAUUAACACAACGUCCUUGGGAGGGUCACCACCUUCUCAAACUAGUGGUACACCAAUUGGCUAUGAUGGAGCUGGUGGAGGGCAUGGAGGUCGAGGUGCUUCCUGUCUGAAAAAUAACAGGACAAAUCUUUGGGGUGGGGAUGUUUAUGCUUGGUCUACUUUGUCUCAUCCAUGGAGUUAUGGAAGUAAGGGGGGCAGCACAUCUGCUGAAAAAAAAUUUGGAGGGAAUGGGGGAGGCCGAGUCAUGCUUAAAGUGAAGGAUGUAUUAUAUGUGAAUGGAUCUGUUACAGCUGAUGGAGGUGAAGGGGGGCUUAAAGGGGGAGGUGGGUCAGGUGGAAGUAUCAUUAUACAGGCUCUGAAGUUGAAAGGAACUGGUACUAUUAGUGCAGCAGGUGGUAGAGGAUGGGGUGGAGGUGGAGGUGGAAGAAUAUCUCUGGACUGCUACAGCAUACAAGAUGUAAAGAUCACUGUGCAUGGUGGUGAGAGUAUUGGCUGUCCUGGGAAUGCUGGUGCAGCAGGCACUUCCUUUGAUGCGACUUUAUUGAGUUUAAGGGUUGGCAAUGACAAUGUCACAACACAAACAGAAACUCCUUUGCUGGAUUUCCCUACAAGUCCACUAUGGUCAAAUGUUUAUGUUGAGAAUAAUGCAAAAGUUUUGGUUCCUCUUCUUUGGACCAGAGUUCAGGUGAGAGGCCAAAUCAGUGUUCUCUGUGGGGGUAGCAUCAGCUUUGGAUUGUCUGACUAUCCAGUGUCAGAAUUUGAGCUUGUAGCAGAAGAACUUCUAAUGAGUGAUUCCAUCAUCAAGGUAUAUGGUGCAUUCAGGAUGGCUGUCAAGAUGUUACUUAUGUGGAACUCAAAAAUUCAAAUAGAUGGUGGGGGGAAUGAUAAUGUUGCUACAUCUGUUCUUGAAGUCCGGAAUCUUGUUGUUCUCAGGGAAAAUUCCAUCAUUAGUUCAAACGCAAACUUGGGCGUCUAUGGUCAAGGGCUUUUGAGGUUGACUGGUCAUGGUGAUGCAAUCAAAGGCCAGAGACUUUCCUUGUCACUAUUUUAUAACAUAACUGUCGGGCGAGGUGCCUUACUUCAGGCUCCACUGGAUGAUGAAACUGGUCGUAAUUUGGCAACUAAAUCCCGUUGUGAGAGUCAGACAUGUCCAAUGGAUUUGAUAGCUCCUCCAGAAGAUUGCCAUGUUAACAAUACAUUGUCCUUUUCCUUGCAAAUUUGUCGUGUUGAAGACCUCACUGUUAAUGGCCUUGUCAAAGGUAGCAUUCUUCAAAUUCACAGGGCAAGGACUGUUGUUGUUGACACAGAUGGCAUGAUAAGUGCAUCAGAAUUAGGUUGCAAUGAAGGCCUUGGUAGAGGAAAUUUUUCAAAUGGAGCUGGAGGUGGUGCUGGACAUGGGGGGCGAGGAGGAUCUGGAUUUUACAAUGGACGGUUUAGUGAAGGUGGUAAAGAAUAUGGUGAUGCUGAUCUUCCUUGUGAGUUGGGAAGUGGAAGUGUGGGGCCUAGUAAAACGUAUGGUCAUGUUUCUGGAGGGGGGAUGAUAGUAAUAGGGUCCAUUCAAUGGCCCCUCUUGAAGCUUGACAUUUAUGGAUCUUUAAUGGCUGAUGGUCAAAGCUAUGGUAAAGCAAUAAGAGACCACAAUAGUAACUUGGUGGGUGGAAUUGGUGGUGGUUCUGGUGGGACAAUUCUUCUUUUCCUUCAAGCACUUACACUUGGUGAAAAUUCUUCUUUAUCGGUUUCUGGGGGCAAUGGUGGUCCUGUUGGUGGCGGUGGUGGAGGUGGUGGGAGAGUUCAUUUUGAUUGGGCUACGAUAGCCACUGGAGACGAAUAUGUUCCAAUUGCAACCAUAAAUGGUGCCAUUGACAGUAGUGGAGGAGUUGGGGAUAGUGGCGGUCAUUGUGGAGGGGCAGGCUCCAUUACAGGGAAGAAGUGUCCCAAAGGACUUUAUGGUACAUUCUGCAAUGAAUGCCCUGUUGGGACUUACAAAGAUAUUGAAGGCUCUGAUGUAUCUCUUUGCAUUCCUUGCUCUCUUGAGUACUUACCGCACCGUGCGGAAUUUAUAUAUGUACGAGGAGGAGUUACUCAGCCAUCUUGCCCAUAUAAAUGCGUAUCUGACAAGUAUAGGAUGCCAAAUUGUUAUACACCUCUUGAAGAGCUUGUAUAUACAUUUGGAGGGCCAUGGACCUUUGCCCUUACCCUGUCAUUCAUUCUGGUGCUUCUAACUCUUUUAUUAACUACUUUGAGAAUUAAAUUAGUUGGACCAGAUUAUCCCUAUCAUACUGCAGAUUCUAUGGAACACCACAAUCAUCACCAAUUGCCCUAUCUCCUUUCCCUAGCAGAGGUGCGUGGAACGAGCAGAGCAGAAGAAACUCAAAGCCAUGUGCAUAGAAUGUACUUCAUGGGUCCCAAUACCUUCAGAGAACCAUGGCAUCUUCCUUACUCUCCACCUGAUGCAAUAAUUGAGAUUGUGUAUGAAGAUGCUUUCAACAGAUUUAUUGAUGAGAUUAACUCUGUUGCUGCAUAUGAGUGGUGGGAAGGGUCAGUGCACAGCAUACUUUCAGUGCUUGCUUAUCCUUGUGCCUGGUCUUGGAAACAAUGGCGUCGGAGAAAUAAGAUUCAUCGCCUUCAGGAAUAUGUGAAAUCAGAAUAUGAUCAUUCAUGUCUUCGUUCUUGCAGAUCACGAGCUCUGUACAAAGGGAUGAAGGUUGGAGCAACACCAGACUUAAUGGUUGCAUAUAUUGAUUUCUUCCUUGGUGGUGAUGAGAGACGAUUAGAUGCAGCCUCCAGCAUACAGAAGAGAUUCCCUAUGUGCAUUAUUUUUGGUGGGGAUGGUAGCUACAUGUCACCAUACAAUCUUCAUAGUGAUAUGUUGUUGUCUAAUCUUCUCAGUCAGCACAUCCCUACAGAAAUCUGGAAUCGCUUUGUUGCUGGUUUGAAUGCUCAGUUGAGGACGGUGAGACAGGGAUCAAUCCGUUCUGCUCUACUUCCCGUUAUGAAUUGGAUAAAUAGCCAUGGAAAUCUCCAACUUGAGUUCCACGGUGUUAGAAUCGAGUUGGGAUGGUUCCAGGCCACUGCUUCUGGUUAUUACCAGCUGGGUAUCUUGGUAGCGGUUGGUACUUAUUCUCUCCACAACAUUAGCCAGUCUGAUUCAUUGGAUACCAGUUAUGGUGACCGUCAAAGGAAAAGUUCUGCUAUCGCACGGAAGAGCCUCAAGCAAUUGCCACAGGGUCAGCCAUUCAUUGGCCAUGCAUUGUCUCGUAAAAGAAUCACUGGAGGAGUGAGUGGAGGGAUUUUAAAUGAAGCAACAUUAAAAUCCUUGGAUUAUAAAAGGGAUUUCCUAUUCCCAUUUUCUCUUUUAUUACACAACACCAGACCUGUUGGUCUUCAGGAAAGUCUUCAAUUCCUGAUCUCUAUCAUGCUUUUAGGAGAUCUUAUCAUCACUCUCCUUACAUUGCUUCAGUUCUACUGGAUUUCUCUUGGAGCCUUUCUUGCUGUCCUUCUUAUUCUUCCUCUGUCUUUGCUCUCUACAUUUCCUGCUGGUUUGAAUGGUCUUUUCAGUCAAGGUCCUAAAAGAGCUUCACUCUCGCGUGUUUAUGCAUUGUGGAAUGCUACAUCUCUGUCCAACAUUGCUGUGGCUUUUGUCUGUGGCAUUUUGCACUAUGGUUUCUCCUCUUUCCAGCCACCACAAAAGGAAAAUUCAUGGAACCUUAGAAGGGAGGAUGAUAAAUGGUGGAUUCUUCCUACUUUCCUUCUUCUGGUCAAGUCAAUACAAGCACGCUUUGUUGACUGGCAUAUAGCAAAUCUGGAAAUUGAGGAUUUUUCUUUAUUCAGUAGAGAUCCUGAGAGUUUCUGGCUCCAUGAGAAUCCUUCGUAGCAUGGCAGAAUCAGAGGCUUCAGAAUGAAUUAGCAAGCAUGACCAUACAGUCUAAAAGAUUCAAAUGAAGGUGGAGAAUUUUCUUCAAGCCCAACCAUAUCAUCCUUACUGUAAAUAUGUCUAAAUUUGUAAAAUGCAUUUGUUAUUGCGUGGGGUUCUUUCUGUUCAGCUUGUAUUACCACCGAAGGGAUUUCGAAGAAAAAGCCAUGUGAAUAAGUAGGUAGAAGAGAACUCAAAGGUCAAAAUUCUUUUUUCACUAGUUAUUAAUUUAUGAGUGAACGGGCAGUCAUUUUUCAUCCAAUCUGCCAGCAGAUAAGGAACACAAAUUAACUGGACAACCUGUAGCCAUCCAUUGUAUUGACCUUCAUAUAUAUUUUUUUCUACCAGGAUACCUUUACAUAUGAUAAAAAAUGUUGAGGAUUUAUGGUGCAUUAGCGAUUUGAUUGAGCUGUAAUGAAAAAGUUGGGUAUGUAAGUGAGUCUAUGAGCAUGAAGCUUAUUCAAACUAGAAGAAUUUCUAUCAUUCUAUGGUCUACCAUUAUGUAAGAUCUCAAUUUUCUGUAA